AUGUUUAUCAAAACAAUUUUAUUCAUUGUUUUCUUCUCUCGGCAAGGCAAAUAUUGUUGGCAGGUUGCCGAUGUGAACUGUACCGGACACAAUAAACUUCUGAAAAAAAGAUUGCUCUUAACUGAAGUGGAAUUAAAAAAAAAAAUGAGAAUUUUGUGUCACGAAAGUGAAUAUAGAAUGGCCGAAAAUGGAAAUUGUCACCUAAUGGUGUGA